AUGGAUCCAAACCUUAAGAACUUCCCGAUUUUGUCCUACGUAAUGGAAAAAUUGCCCAGCAUGAAACGGGCUGCCGGUUCAGGGGAGCAUGACAUCGAAGCCCCGGCGGUGCCGUCGGAUUCGGUUGAGAAGCCUCCGUACUUUGAGCUGACGGAACGGAUGCCUCAUCUGACUGAUCCUAAGAUCAUAUCCGAGAUGCGAUCCGCCGUUGCCGACGUGGCGCAGACGCGUUCUAUGCUUAAAGCUCUAGGUGAGCGGCCGGAUCAUGAGACAGUGGACACUGCGAGGGCGAGGCUUGCGGAGAUCGAUGGGAGUUUGUCGGGACAGCUGGAGGAGAUCGCGCUGUCGCCGGAGGCUGAAGGGAAGGUGGUGGAAGGGAAGAAGGCUUUGCAGAAGGAGCGAGAGAUGUAUAAGGCGGUGUUGGCUUUGGAUGAGAUGCAUGAUUCUUAUGGGAAGCUAUUAACUGAAGCGGAGGCGAGGUUGGAGAGGAUCUAUGAAGCGGCUGUGGCUGGCGGAAAUGUUGCUGCGGUGGCGGAUGUGAAAGGGAAGGGUGUGGUUGUGGAUGAGGAGUUGAAUGAAGAAGUGGUGGCCAUAUUGAAGGACGUUGAAGGGGGUGGAGUGGUUGAGAGGGUGAAUUUGGCUGGAAGAGAGUUGAGAUUGCUACCUGAGGCCUUUGGGAGGAUCAAGUCACUGCUGGUUCUUGAUUUGUCCCAUAAUCAGCUUGAGGGACUUCCUGAUGCGAUUGCUGGAUUGGAACAUCUUGAGGAGCUUAAUCUUGCCUCAAAUGCCUUGGAGGCUUUACCAGAUUCCAUGGGUUUGUUGUUUAAGUUGAAAGUUUUGGAUGUAUCUGGAAACAAGCUUACUGCCUUGCCUGACAGCAUUUGUCACUGCCGGUCAUUGGUUACACUGAAUGCAGGCUUCAAUAAACUAAGCUACUUGCCUACUAAUAUCGGCUACGAACUCGUAAACCUGAGAAAUCUUUCCGUUCAGUUCAACAAAAUCCGUCAUCUACCAACUUCUAUUGGUGAAAUGAGGUCUUUGGUUCAACUGGAUGUGCACAUCAACGAGCUUCAUGGCCUGCCUCAAUCAAUUGGGAGAUUGUCAAACCUUGAGAUUCUCAACCUUAGUGGUAAUUUUAGUGACAUGACUGAACUUCCUAGCACAAUUGGUGAUUUAACCAAUCUCAAGGAACUGGACAUCAGCAACAAUCAGAUCCAUGAGCUACCUGAUACAUUUGGACGGCUUGACAACCUGAAAAAGCUUAACAUGGAUCAGAAUCCUCUCAAAGUGCCUCCGAUGGAAGUUGUGAAUGAAGGUGUUGAAUCUGUGAAGGCAUAUAUGGUUAAAAGACGACUCGACAUACUUCUUGCAGAAGAGCGAAGUAGCUCGGUUGAAGAAACAUCCCCAACCAAUGCCAGCAUACUGACACGAAGCACCUCCUGGUUGAGUAAUGUUGUUUCAAACGUUACUGGGAAUGUUUCAGGAUAUCUGGGUACCAUGGGAAAUAAAUCAAGCAAUGACCCCUAUCUUGAACAGCCACGAUGA